AUAGCAUUAAAUAAUAAUACCAUAAUACCAAAGGUAAUACAUGAAUGACCCCCGCGGCAAAUUAUAUGGACGGCGUGGAAAAGAAGGCCUCGUGCCCCACCAUCGUAAUGCAGCAGCAGCUCCAAGCCAGAGAGCCCUCUCACAGCGUUAAAAAAGUACACUGCUCCGCCGGAACUGUUGGGGAAUUUUCCAACAAAUCUCUCCUCCAUCUCUGACUCCCCUUUAUUUUUUCCCUCUCCUCUCGAAUUUAGACCUCUCUCGCUCUCUUAUAAUUUCCCUACAUUCCUUCCAUUCUCCCUCAUCCACCAUCAUGGCAAGCACAAUAGCACGUACCGAGGAGCGCCAGAACGCCGGCACGAUCGAACUCAAAGAUGACACCGCUAUCGUAGUACUAGGUGCAUCGGGAGAUCUCGCGAAGAAGAAGACGUUCCCGGCACUUUUCGGCCUUUACCGUAACAAGUUCCUCCCCAAGGGAAUCAAGAUCGUCGGCUAUGCCCGGACAAACAUGGACCACGAAGAAUAUCUGAGACGUGUGCGGUCAUAUAUCAAGACCCCUACUAAGGAAAUUGAAGAGCAGCUGGACAGCUUCUGCCAACUGUGCUCCUACGUUUCGGGUCAGUACGACAAGGAUGAUUCCUUCAAAAACCUCACUAGGCACCUCGAGGAAGUAGAGAAGGGACAAAAGGAGCAAAACCGAGUCUUCUACAUGGCACUUCCCCCCAGUGUCUUCACUACCGUGUCGGAUCAACUGAAGAGAAACUGCUACCCUAAGAACGGCAUCGCUCGAAUCAUUGUCGAGAAGCCAUUCGGCAAGGACCUUCAGAGCUCUCGUGAUCUCCAGAAAGCCCUCGACCCCAACUGGAAGGAAGAGGAGAUCUUCCGUAUUGACCAUUACCUGGGUAAGGAAAUGGUCAAGAACAUACUCAUCAUGCGCUUUGGCAAUGAAUUUUUCAACGCCACGUGGAACCGUCAUCACAUCGAUAACGUGCAGAUAACAUUCAAGGAGCCCUUCGGCACUGAGGGCCGUGGAGGCUACUUCGACGAGUUCGGUAUCAUUCGCGACGUCAUGCAGAACCAUCUGUUGCAGGUGUUGACUUUGCUCGCUAUGGAGCGCCCGAUCUCAUUUUCUGCCGAAGACAUCCGUGACGAGAAGGUGCGUGUUCUGCGCGCAAUGGACGCCAUCGAACCCAAGAAUGUCAUCAUCGGUCAGUACGGAAAGUCCUUGGAUGGAAGCAAGCCCGCAUACAAGGAGGACGACACCGUCCCUCAAGAUUCCCGCUGCCCUACCUUCUGCGCAUUGGUUGCAUACAUCAAGAAUGAGCGGUGGGAUGGUGUUCCUUUCAUCAUGAAGGCCGGCAAAGCCUUGAACGAGCAAAAGACCGAGAUCCGUAUCCAGUUCCGCGAUGUGACUUCGGGCAUCUUCAAGGACAUUCCUCGCAACGAGCUUGUCAUCCGUGUCCAGCCCAACGAGUCGGUGUACAUUAAGAUGAACUCGAAGCUCCCUGGUCUGUCUAUGCAGACUGUUGUGACUGAGCUCGACCUCACCUACCGCCGUCGCUUCUCCGACCUUAAGAUCCCCGAGGCUUACGAGUCUCUGAUCCUGGACGCCCUGAAGGGCGAUCACUCGAACUUCGUUCGUGAUGACGAGCUUGAUGCCAGCUGGAGGAUCUUCACCCCUCUCCUACACUACCUCGACGAUAACAAGGAGAUCAUCCCUAUGGAGUAUCCCUACGGUUCUCGUGGACCUGCUGUCCUCGACGACUUUACUGCUUCGUUCGGUUAUAAGUUCAGCGAUGCUGCUGGUUACCAGUGGCCUUUGACUUCCACGCCUAACAGGUUGUAGGUGGGGAAGGUUUAUGAGGCUAAUGAACGAGUGAAAAGAGGAACAAAAAGGGGAAAGAUACUAAUGCAGCAUGAUUUUCUGUUCAUCUUUAUUUUUUUAUUUUUAUUUUUUUUUUGGUGUGUUUGGGAAAUUUGUGUUGAUAUGAGUAGGCGGCUUUUUCAACAAUCGGUGGGCCAGCAAAUGACGGAGUAACUCAUUUUUACCACCCAACUCUAGAGACGAAUGGAGUGAAUAUUACGAAUAUCACGAAAGAUGACGUUUCCGCUGUCGUUCUUCCUGAAGAUAGGCCAGGGUGGUUUUUUUUACAGCUGUAAUGGUACAGUAGGAAGGGGGAAAGAAGAAGUACCCCUAAGUUUUUGAUCCUGUGGUCUAGGUAGAUAUAGA